UAUCCCUUUAACUCUUUGUUAUCAUCGGCCUUCCUGCGGUCUGGUGUCCCGGCCACAGGCGCUCGCCUCUGCCCCCCUCUGGUGCUGCGGUCCGCAUCCCGAAUCGCAGGCACCCCUGUGUCUUCUACCCCUACACACCUCUCCACACCCCGAUGCGCUCUGGUUGCCAGCGCGUGCACCCGCCCCCUUGUGCACAUGCAGCGGCUCUCUAAUAUUCAAAGGGCCAGUGCGCCAGCCUAUAAAGGGGAAUGACUUCCCCUUGACCCCUGCUGAAUCUUUGUGUCUCCUAGAGCCUUAGAGAAAGCGUUUUUCUGUGUGUUCUGACUAUCCGUGUACCAUACCUUCUUGCUACAUUCCUGACCUUGCUCCUGCGCCGCCAGCCUCUGACCACCUUGCUACGUCCCCGACCACGCUCCUGUGCCGCCAGCCCUGACCUUUUUCCUGUCCUGACUACAAGCUUGCCUUUUCCUUCAUGUGCCACGCCAUACCUCGGCAGUCUGUGGGGAGGAGUCGUAUCAUGGGUAGUGACCUGGGUUCCGCCUGCCGCAGCAAGUCUAUCCCGCUUUGCGGCGGGCUUUGGUGAAAACCAGCGGCACCUUAGACUCCGCUCCCUUUUACGGCCCACGCCAUCAUCCACACAGGCACAGUGGAUCCACUUCCAUCACUUUUCCAUCACCAGCCGUUACAGUUACUAUAAGAAUAUAGAAAUAUAUAGCAUGCUCUAACCACAAUGAUAUCAUAAUGAAGAUAUUUCUAUGUAUUGGUGGAUGGCAUCUUUUAGCUGGAGGGAAUCCCGCUCAACAGGUGGAAGGAACGGGGGAUCGACCAUACUUGGUGAUAUUUUUCCAUUUAUUCAGUGUUUUAUCUUGUAGCUGUUCAUGCCUUGAUAAAGGUUGUCUAUCGAAACGCGUUGGAUUUUUCUAUUUUUGUGGCACCUCUAUAUAUUUUUAACAAGUAUAAAUAAAGCCGAUAUGUUUUAAAUAUUUUUCUGAGCCUUGGAUUGGAAGUGCCGGGAUCCUCCCUUUGGGAUAUCGUCUCUACUCCCCCUUUAUUGUUCCUCUGCUCCUCAAGGUUGUGCCCAUCUCUAUAUAUACACCCAGUGUCUCCUAAAUCUGAAGUCUUCACCAUGGUCCCUGUGCUGCUGCUGCCUUCUCUCCUCCUCCUCCUCUUUCUAUACUUAGGAUGUUCUCACACCAAAGGUCGGCUCUCGGGAUCCCACCAGACCCAGCGCCCCCCGCGCCCCACACCUCUGCCCUUCUUGGGCAAUCUGCUGGAUUUGGGGCACAGCGAUCUACCUUGCCACUUCAUGCAUCUGGCCCAGAAAUACGGCCCCAUCUAUCGGCUCAGCUUCUGGGGUCAAGAUGUUGUCGUAUUGAACAAUGCAGCUGUGAUCCGUGAAGCUCUGUUUAAGAAGUGGGCCGACUUUGCCGGAAGACCCCAGAGCUACGUAGGUGACUUGAUCUCAUUCGGAGGCAAAGAUGUGUCCCUUGGAGACUACACUCCGGUCUGGAAGGUGCAGAGACGUCUCGUCCACUUAUCUCUACAGAAACGGGUGAGAAGGGGCCUGGAGACCAUGCUGGAGGCAGAGGCCAGGGAGCUGUGUCAGGAUUUCAUGACCAGGAACGGGGAUCCAAUCGACGUAAGCGAAGAAUUCUCCCGGCGCACGUGUAAAGUGAUCGCGGAGCUGACAUUCGGCACAUCAUAUGCGCUGUCAGACCCCGCGUUCCAGGACAUCCAUCGGUGCGUUGUUAACAUAGUCAAGCUGUUUGAGGCUCCGGCUGUCAACAUCUUGGAUUUUAUCCCGUUCCUGAGGAAGUUUCCAAACAAAUCCUUGACUCGUCUUCUAAAGGCGGCGGAUAAGAGAGACAAUUUCGUGAGGAGUCAGAUGGAGAGACAUAAGCUUCAUCUCCAGGAAAAAGAAGAAGAGUCGCAACAAGAAGAUAUCUUGCAUGAGAUGAUCCGAUUUCUUAAAGUAAAUAAGAAGGUGGAAGACGGAGACGCGUCGGAUCUGACGGAGGAGCAUCUGCACAUGGCCGUGGUGGACCUGUUCAUUGGGGGCACUGAGACCACGGCUUCUGUAUUGACCUGGACCGUGGCCUUCCUCGUCCACCACCCUGAGGCUCAGGAGAAAAUUCACCAGGAGAUCAUAAGCAUGACCGGGCACGAUCGGUACCCUACAUACUCAGACCGUAACAGUAUGCCAUAUCUCAACGCAACCAUCACAGAGAUGCUGAGACUUCGCCCUGUGGUGCCCAUUGCAGUGCCACAUUCUACCAUUAGGGACACCAGUGUUGCCGGUUUCACCAUUCCUAAAGGGACUACGGUAAUUCCAAAUAUCUAUGCAGCUCAUCAUGAUGAAACUGUCUGGGAGAACCCUGAAGAGUUUUGUCCUGAACGAUUCCUGACCAAUCCUGAAGGAGUAGAUACAUUUUGUUAGGACAUGAGGCAGGAACAACUUCACUAAUCCCGUAACAGUACAUUGAUGACAUUCCCUGGAGAGAGCAGCCAUGAUCGGACUUGUAGGAUGAGAAUCGUGCCUUUGAUGUGUCCAACUCUCGCCUGCGGGGUGAAUGGGAAGUGACAUAAGGAGGUGGACCAUGAUAUAUUUUAUACUUCUUGAUCCCGCAGACAAUGAUAUAUUUUAUUUGAGUAAUUGAUUCCAUAUGAUGUCCUCACAUAAUCAGUCUAGAAAAUUGUAGAAUGGUAAUUAGGGAUGAGCAAAUCGAAUCUGAUGUAUCCAAAUUUGUUCCGAACUUCAGGAAAGAUUUGAUUUGCAACAAAUGCGAAUAUCGCCAGGAUUUGAUUGCGCAAAUUACUUCAUUAAACUCCAUUUAGUGCGGUGCAGGCUCCAGGGCAUCUAAAAUGGCGGAUCCACAUGUGAGGGCAGGGGGCAAGGUAUCCUGGGAAGGUGGGAACAAGGGUCGGCAGGAUGACCCUGAAUCACAUGCAGCAUGCAGCCUAUCAGCAGCCAGCCACCCCUGUGAUGUCACAGCCCAAUAUAAUCGGCAGCCAUUUUGCGGCCACUCACAUCAGUGCUCUAUUGCAGAGAGGGACAGAGAGCAGUGUGUUGCACAGAAAAGCUUUUUAUACAGCAACAAUUCAGCACAAACACAAAUCCAGCCUAGAAGCACUGAUAGGGAAGGGAGUGAGUUUGAGAAAGUGCAAUUGUAGGUGUAUGGAAGCAGCGAUUCCCCUCAAGCCCAAAUCCAGCCUAAAAGCACUGAUAGGGAAGGGAGUGAGAUUGAGAGAAAGUGCAGUUUUGGGUGUAUUACAGCAGUGAUUCACCUUAAGCCCAAAUCCAGCCUAGAAGCACUCAUAGGGAUGGGAGUGAGAUUGAGAGACAAAGUUCAAUUUUGGGUGUAGUACACAGCGACUGAGUGCUGCAGCACUGGUGUGUACAACAACUAAAAAGCUAAUAGUAGCCAGCCAGUUAGGGUGAGCAGAGCACUAAAAGUGUAUUGUCCUCUAUUAAGUGUAACCUGUGCGUAUAUCUAAGAGGUGUACCAUUUUAUUCCUCUGACAUCUGAUAGUCAACAGUCGGUGGGUUCCUCAGACACAACCCAGUUGGCAUGGCCCGGGAGCAGUCCCUGUCCUCCAAUUGCCUCUGUCCUAUGCUGUUCCCUCCCUCAUAGAAGUAUCCUAUGCUGUGGGUUCAGCUCCACUUUUUAGUCAAGACUAGUGUUGCUCGCGAAUAUUCGCAAUGCAAAUUUUAUUCGCGAAUAUCGCAUAUUCGCGAAUUCGCGAAUAUAGCACUAUAUAUUUGUAAUUAUGAAUAUUCGUUUUUUUUAAUUUAUUUAUUUUUUUCACAGUACACAUCACAGUGAUCACCCCUCUCUGCUUCCAGCUUGUGUGGUGUAAAGAAGGCUCUAAAACUACUGUGUUAGACUGGUGCGCGAAUUUUCGAAUAUGCGAAAAUUUGCAUAUUCUAAUUUUCGCAUAUGCGAAUUUUCCCUUAUACUAAUUUUGUAUAUGCUAAAACGAGAAUAUUACGAAUAUGCGAAUAUUCAAGAAUAUAUGACGAAUAUUCGUCCAUAUAUUCGCGAAUAUUCGCGAAUUCGAAUAUGGCCUAUGCCGCUCAACACUAGUCAAGAUGAUCUACUAGAGGACAGUCAGCAGCUACUGCCCAGCCAAAAAGUGGAGGAGACAUCCCCCGCUUCCGUCGCUAGGCGGGCAAGUAGUGAGGAGGAGAGUGGCGUGAUAGGUGGUGUUGGUAUCGUUCAGGCUCCUAAAGCACACACUGUUGAGGAAUCUGAGGAGGACAUCAGUGACGUGCAGACACAACUCGAUGAUGAUGAAGCCGAUCGCACUUGGGAGACGGGUGCAGAAGGGGCUUCAUCAUCAUCAGGAAAACAGAGCGACAGGUUGCCUGUGAGGCAGCAGUUAAUCCAGCAAGGUGGUAGCAUGGUUGGAAAUCAGCAUGGUUGUAGCAGUGGGAAGUCUGGAGCCAAACAUACCCAGGGUAGACCACCUGCUUUGUGGCAGCCUACCUGCCCAGGAGGUAGUGGAACAGGGGUCGCUGGAGUCGGUGGCAGUAGCAGUCUGGGGGACUGUUGGGGGGAAAAUCAGCUACUCUGCAGUGUGGCAGUUUUUGAUCAAGUAUCCGGAGGAUGUUAACAUGGCCAUUUGGAAUAAAAAAAAUUUUUUUUAUCUUUUCAAUUGUGAGGCCCCUUUGUCUGGUCAGGCUGCGCCACCUCCAGGCUGUGUCAUUCUGUCACCAUAUGGUCUCCUCUUGCUGCUGCCACCUCCAGGCUGUGUCAUUUUGUCACCAUGUGGUCUCCUCAUGCUGCUGGGACAUUACCUAAAAAAUUUUAUGGUUGGUCCGUAUGGUUGGCUCUCCAAGACUCGGCUGGCUAUCGUGCCCUUGUAGACCCUGUCCCCCCCCGUGGCUCCCUGAACCCAUCCCCUCCCUCUUAUCCUCCUGUUUCUGUGUGUGUUUUUUCUCCUCCUCUUCAUGUCUCUCUGUUACUCUUUCUGAUUUUGGCUCCUCUUCUGACUGCUCUUUUGUUCUACUACUCUCCCUCCUCUCAGGCCUUUCUUUCAGUGCCUUUCUUUUUCACUCUACACUCUGUAUGAGGAACAGUUGACCCCCCUUUCUGUUGAUUCUGCUGGGAGUUCUUUCCUCUCCCAUUUUUGAUUGAUGACUCUCAUAUGCGACCUAACUUCUUGAGUUUGUUAAUUAUUGCGUUAUUUUAUUGGUUCACUCAAUAGUCCCUGCUACAAGUAUCUACAUACCCUAUACGGGUUGCUCACCUUGUUUUGCUUUAUUGUCCGCAUUUGUAUGAUAGCUCUAUUUGUUUAUGCUAUGUUUGGAAUGUUAUUUGAAAAUAA